GGCAAUGCCACAUUCCAACACCCAUGCCAAACUUUUCCUUCACUGUCUUCCAUCAACCCUCACCAGAAAUUCCUAAUGACACCAAACCCACAUCCCACAAGCCCAAGGAUUAGUGCCAAAAAGUGCAGAUAGGGAUUGAGGUUUCACUAAUGAAGCUCUUUCUCUUUCUCUUUCUGCUUGGGGUUCUAAUUCAAUUGUUCGCCCAUGGCUCUUGCAAGUCUGAUCUUCCCGCCCCUUCUCACGUUAUGCUAGCAGUGCCGGUGGGAUAUAGUGUGGGAUUCAAAGGGAGAGCAUUUCUAAUGGAGGCCAACCAAAUGGUACCUAGUUUCAGAGCUGCAUUGAGCGUGGAAGCAAUUAAUGGAAAAUACGCGUGUUCCUUGGGUGUUUUUCUUGGGGACGUUAAGGUGUGGGAUUCUGGCCAUUUUACAAGGUUUUACACAUCAGAAAGGUGCGUCCUUGAGCUGACUACAGAUGGAGAUUUACAGUUGAAGGGUGCGAAGGAGCAAGUGGGUUGGCGAACUGCUACUUUUGGACAAGAGACUACAGUUAUCGAGGAAGGGCAAUCUGGUAUUGGUGGACGCCUUGAACCGUAUAAAAUGGCAGAGUUUCAAUUUUUGGAGCAUCCUAUUGGUCCAAUAUGA